UCAGGAAGGUUGCAUUCAUGGUUUAUUGCUGACUCCAGCCAUGGGAAUUUGGGGCAUACUUUGUAUUUUAAUCUUCCUGGGGAAAAGUUGGGGACAGGAACAAACGUAUGUCAUUUCAGCACCAAAAGUAUUUCGUGUUGGAGCAUCUGAAAAUAUUGUAAUUCAAGUUUAUGGAUACACUGAAGCAUUUGAUGCAACAAUUUCCAUUAAAAGUUAUCCUGAUAAAAAAAUUAGUUACGCUUCAGGCUAUAUUAGUUUAUCCACAGAAAAUAAAUUCCAAAACUCUGCAAUCUUAACAAUACAACCCAAACAAUUGUCUCAAGGACAAAACCCAGUUUCACAUGUGUAUUUGGAAGUUGUAUCAAAGCAUUUCUCAAAAUCAAAAAGAAUUCCAGUAACCUAUGACAAUGGAUUUCUCUUCAUUCAUACAGAUAAACCUGUUUACACUCCACACCAAUCAGUAAAGAUUAGAGUUUAUUCACUAAAUGAUGACUUGAAGCCAGCCAAGAGAGAAACUGUCUUAACUUUCAUAGAUCCCCAAGGAUCAGAAGUUGACAUGGUAGAAGAAAGCGAUUAUACUGGAAUUAUCUCUUUUCCUGACUUCAAGAUUCCAUCUAAUCCUAAAUAUGGUGUAUGGACAAUUAAAGCUAAAUAUAAAGAGGACUUUUCAACAAUUGGAACUGCAUAUUUUGAAGUUAAAGAAUAUGUAUUGCCACAUUUUUCCGUCUCAGUAGAACCAGAAAAGAGUUUCAUUGGCUACAAGGACUUUAAUAAUUUUGAAAUUACUAUAAAAGCAAGAUAUUUUUAUAAUAAAGUUGUCACUGCGGCUGAAGUUUUUAUCUCCUUUGGCAUAAAAGAGGACUUACACGAUGAUCAUAAGGAAAUGAUGCAAAAAGCAAUACAAAACACAAUGUUGAUAAAUGGAAUUGCUAAAGUCACAUUUAACUCUGAAACGGCAAUUAAAGAAUUGUCAUACAGCAGUCUAGAAGAGUUAAACAACAAGUACCUUUAUAUUGGUGUAACAGUCAUAGAGUCUUCAGGUGGAUUUUCUGAAAAUGCAGAAGUUCCUGGUAUCAAAUACAUCCUCUCUCCCUACAAACUGAAUUUGGUUGCUACUCCUCUUUUCUUGAAGCCUGGAAUUCCAUAUUCUGUCAAGGUGCAGGUGAAGGAUUCGCUUGACCAAUUGAUAGGUGGGGUUCCGGUGACCCUGAGCGCACAAACGGUCAAUGAAAACCAAGAGACGGCUGACUUGGAGUCCAGGAAAAGUCUAACGGGUUCCAUUGAUGGGGUAGCUUCGUUUGUGGUUAAUCUCCCAUCUGGAGUGACAGCGCUGGAGUUUACCGUCAGGACUGAUGACCCAGAUCUUCAAGAAGAAAAUCAGGCCAGCAAAGAUUACAAAGCAGUAGCAUAUUCAUCUCUCAGUGAAAGUUACCUUUAUAUUGACUGGACUGGAAGCUAUAAACCUUUGCUCGUAGGAGAAAAUAUGAAUAUUAUUGUUACCCCCAAAAGUCCAUAUAUUGACAAAAUAACUCACUACAAUUACUUGAUUUUAUCCAAGGGCAAAAUCGUUCACUUUGGCACAAGGGAGAAACUUCCAGACUCCUCUUAUCAAAGUAUAAACAUUCCAGUGACACAGAACAUGGUUCCUUCAGCCCGUCUCCUGGUCUAUUACAUCGUCACAGGAGAGCAGACAGCAGAAUUAGUGUCUGACUCAGUCUGGUUAAAUAUUGAAGAAAAAUGUGGCAACCAGGUCCAGGUUUCUCUGUUUCCAAGUGCAGAUACAUAUUCUCCAGGCGAGCAGCUAACUCUUAAUAUGGCAACUGAGUCAGAUUCCUGGGUGGCUUUAACAGCAGUGGACAGUGCUGUAUAUGGAGUCCAAAGGAAAGCCAAGAAGCCUCUGGAAAGAGUAUUUCAAGCUUUAGAGAAGAGUGACCUGGGCUGUGGGGCAGGUGGUGGCCGCAAUAAUGCAGAUGUAUUCCACCUGGCUGGACUCACCUUCCUCACCAACGCAAAUGCAGAAGACAUCCAAGAAAAUGACGCAACUUGUAAAGAAAUUGUAAGGCCAAGAAGAAUGCUGCAAAAGAAAAUAGGGGAACAAGUUGCUAAAUACAAACAUGCAACAGUGAAGAAAUGUUGUUUUGAUGGAGCCCAUCGUAAUGAUUAUGAAAGCUGUGAGCAGCGAGCUGCCCGGAUUACAAUAGGCCCAAAAUGUGUCGCAGCUUUCAAUGAAUGUUGUAGCAUCGCAAACAAGUUCCGCGCUGAAGAGUCUUAUAAACAUAUGCAAUUGGGAAGGCUACAUCUACAGACCCUACCAGAAGCCAAGCCAGAAAUAAGGAGCUAUUUUCCAGAAAGCUGGUUAUGGGAAGUUCUUCGUGUCUCCAGAAGAAACCAGUUGCAGCUUGUGCUACCUGAUUCUCUAACUACCUGGGAAAUUCAAGGUGUUGGCAUUUCAAAUAGUGGUAUAUGUGUUUCUGAUACUGUCAAGGCAAAAGUGUUCAAAGAUGUCUUCCUGGAAAUGAAUAUACCAUAUUCUGUUGUACGAGGGGAGCAGAUCCAAUUGAAAGGAACUGUUUACAACUAUAGGACAUCUGGGAUGACGUUCUGUGUUAAAAUGUUUCCUGUGGACGGAAUCUGUUCGUCGGGAAGUCUAGUCACUGACCGUCACGGAAGAAAGGCCUCCAGAUGUGUGUCCCAGAGAGUAGAGGGCUCCUCCAGUCAGCUGGUCACCUUUACCGUGCUUCCUUUGGAGAUUGGCCUCCACAACGUCAACUUUUCACUGGACACUUCGCUGGGAAAAGAAAUCUUAGUAAAAACAUUACGAGUGGUGCCAGAAGGUGUCAAAAAGGAAAGUCAUGCUGGUAUUACUCUGGACCCAAAGGGUAUUUAUGGUGCCAUUAGCAGACAAAAGGAGUUUCCAUACAGGGUACCAUUAGAUUUGGUCCCCAAAACAAAAGUCAAAAGGAUUGUGAGUGUAAAAGGAUUGCUCAUGGGUGAAGUCAUAUCUGCAGUUCUGAGUAAGGAGGGCAUCGAUAUCCUUACCCACCUCCCCAAGGGCAACGCAGAGGCGGAAUUGAUGAGCGUUAUCCCAGUGUUCUAUGUUUAUCAUUACCUGGAAGCAGGAAAUAAUUGGAACAUUUUUUAUCCUGACUCAUUAAGUAAAAAACACUACCUGGAGAAAAAAUUAAAAGAAGGGAUGGUGAGCAUCAUGUCCUACAGAAAUGCUGACAAUUCCUAUAGCAUGUGGAAAGGCGGACCUGCAAGCACUUGGUUUACAGCUUUUGCUUUAAGAGUAAUGGGACAAAUACAUAGAUAUGUACCUCAGAGCCAAGAUUCAAUCUGUAAUGCUUUAAUGUGGCUGAUUGAGAAUUGUCAACUAGAAAAUGGAUCUUUCAAGGAGUCCCACUAUCAACCACUAAAACUGCGGGGUACCUUGUCUACUGAAGCCCAAGAGACCGCCUUAUAUUUUACAGCCUUCACUGUGAUUGGAAUCAGAAAGGCUUUUGAUAUAUGCCCCCUGCUGAAAAUCAGCACAGCUCUAGCUAAAGCUGACACCUUUCUGCUUGAAAAUACUCUCUCGGCCCAGAACACCUUUACGCUGGCCAUUGCUGCUUAUGCUCUUUCCCUGGGAGAUAAAACUCACCGACAGUUUCGUUCCAUCGUCUCAGCCCUGAAGAGGAAAGCUUCGGUCAAAGAUAGUAUACCCACUUACCGUUUCUGGAAAGAUGACCUUCAACAGCAAGAUAGAUCUACACCGAACACUGGUACAGCACAUAUGGUGGAAACCACUGCCUAUGCUUUACUCACCAGUCUGAACUUGAAAGACAUAAAUUAUGUUAACCCAAUCAUCAAAUGGCUAUCUGAAGAGCAGAGGUAUGGAGGUGGCUUUUAUUCAACCCAGGAUACAGUUAAUGCCAUCGAGGGCCUGACAGAAUAUUCACUCCUGAUUAAACAACUCCACUUGAAUAUGGAUAUCAAUCUUUCUUACAAGCAUAAAGGUGACUUCUACCAUUACAAGAUAACAGAGAAGAAUUUCUUUGGGCGGCCAGUAGAGGUGCCUCUCAGUGAUGACCUCGUUGUCAGUACUGGAUUUAGCAGUGGCUUGGCUACAGUGCAUGUAACAACUGUGGUUCACAAAAUCAGUACCUCUGAGGAAGUUUGUCACUUUCAUUUGAAAAUUGAAGCCCAGGAUAUGGACGCAUCCAGUCACAGAGGCUACAGCGACUCGGAUUACAAGCGCAUAGUAGCAUGUGCCAGCUACAAGCCCGGCAGAGAAGAAUCAUCAUCUGGAUCCUCCCACGCAGUGAUGGAUAUCUCUUUGCCUACUGGAAUCAAUGCAAACACGGACGACUUAAGAGCUCUUGUGGAAGGGGUGGACCAACUGUUAACUGAUUACCAAAUCAAAGAUGGACAUGUUAUUGCCCAGCUGAAUUCGAUUCCUUCCAAUGAGUUCCUUUGUAUUCGAUUUCGGAUAAUUGAACUUUUUCAAGUCGGGUUUCUGAGUCCUGCUACUUUCACAGUGUAUGAAUACCACAGACCAGAUAAACAGUGCACCAUGUUUUACAGCACAUCCCAUAGCAAACUGCAGAAAGUCUGUGAAGGAGCAACAUGCAAAUGUAUAGAAGCUGACUGUGGACAAAUUCAGACAGAAUUGGAUCUGACAAUCUCUGCAGAUACUAGAAAAGAAACAGCAUGCAAACCAGACAUUACAUAUGCUUAUAAAGUUAGUAUUACAUCCAUCACUGAAGAAAACGUUUUCGUCAAGUACACUGCAACCCUCCUGGAUGUCUACAAAGCUGGUGAAGCUGUUGCUGAGAAAGAUUCUGAAAUCACCUUCAUUAAAAAGAUGACCUGUACUAACGCUGAACUGCAAAAAGGAAGACAUUAUUUAAUUAUGGGUAAAGAAGCCCUCCAGAUAAAACACAAUUUCAGUUUCAAGUACAUCUACCCUUUAGAUUCCUCAACCUGGAUUGAAUAUUGGCCUACAGACUCAGUGUGUCCCUCGUGCCAAGCAUUUUUAGCUAAUUUAGAUGAGUUUGCUGAAGACAUCUUCUUAAACGGUUGCGAAAAUGCCUGAAAAAGUUCAUCUGCGUUGAGUUUUCACUAUGGACUCUGGUUGUUGAAAUUUUUUCUUCCAGUUUUUUUUUUUUUAAAUGUUCACAGCUGGUCUUAUUUGGAAAGCUCACUUUACUUAGAAUUAGUGGCACUCGCUUUUUUAGAGAACGAUUUUAAAAGCUGUAACUUUCUGAAAUAACGUGGCCUUGGGGGGCAUGGAGACAGAUACUCGUUCCAAGGUUAUUGGACACCAGAAGCAAUAAAUUGGAAGGCCUCCUGAAACCUACCACUCAGCAAUGUGUGUCGGGACGGAAAGAAUAGCCCGUUGAAAUGUAGUAUCUUACAAAAACACAGCUUUUGCUCGAAAGAAAAUACCCAGGAACAGAAAACUGAUCAUUAAAGCCUGACUUUGCUUUUAAAAUGUG